AUGGCAGAGUUUAUAAGGGAUUACAGUAUACUGGCCCAUAAGCGAGAAACUUCUGCUGUUCAAGGAGUCAUCAUUGAUUACCCAGCAUACGUUUUGGUCUUCUUAAUUCAUGUCCUUGCUUGGAACAAUGACUUCCCAAUUGAAGUCUGUCCAGAUGAAAAAGUUUAUGCUGACCUGUGCAGUCCACUUUUCAUUAUCCUGCAAGCAUUACUUGACAUCAAUAUUGUUGAUGGUGACCUGGACAUUGUUAAUCAUGCUGUCCUACAUAUAGUUAGUAUUUUUCGAGCAAUCAGAAAGGUUGAGGAUGCUGUUGAUGCGCAGAUGACAACUAAGCUGCAUAUGCUGGCUGAAAUUGGGAUAUUUACUUUAAAUAAAUUAAAUCAUGGUGGAAUUCCUGUAUUGCAAACACCUGGACAAAUUUUAUUGCCUUCAUCAUUAUAUAGAGUGAGUCUUUUUAAGAAUGAUGUAAGCUUUCUUGAGGGAUUUCCAUCUUUGCUUCACACAGAAACAAGUUCAAAAUGUCCGAAGUCAUUUUUUGAUGAAAAUUUUCUAAGUAGAGUCUUUCACGCACUCAAGGAAUUCACUCUGGCUCAUGUAUAUGCUCAAAAGACAGCAAAAACACUUCCUAAGCAUGUUCAUAAAGGUCAACAAGAUGUUAAAAAGUCUAAUAUUAAUAUUUAUGGUGUACUGGACUUGGCAUCUAGCAAACGAGAUGAUUUGUCAAGAAGAGAAAUAGCAAAUGUUAAAACUGCGAAGCCAAACAUCCCUUCGGUGAAAAGGAGAAAAUGUGUGCCUGUGUCUACUUCUGGAUCUGUUGGUUUGCAUGAAUGCUCUACGAUUGAGAAGCAACAAAAAUUACCAACAAUAGAGAGAAACAUGCUUUCGUCAAUUGAUUCUGUGUGCUCUAAGGGUUCUCUGCAUGAAUCACAUGUGCCAACCCGAAAAUCAAAAAGAGUUGCUGCUUCUUUGUCGGAGAAUGCUGUGACAAGUAGCAAACGUACUUUUGAACCUCUCAAAUGUCCUAGAACCAAACGGAAAGAUACAUGUGGCUCAAAGAAACAGGAUAUAUUGGAAGAUGUUUCAAAUAAAAAUAAUUUCAGCCUCCGUGAACCUAGUGAAUAUCCUUCUCCUGGUAGUAUAAAGGCUGCAGUUACAGGACGCAUUGCCACCGAAGAGGAAACACCACCGAAUAAAGAAAAUACAAAUGUAAAUGCAAGGGGAAAACGCAUGGAGACAUCAGCUUCAGAAGUUGUCAGUACACAUGCAAAUGCUGUUAGAAGAGCAAGACGGAAACUGUAA